AUGCAAUACCCUUACUUGAUAUCAAGGACAUUAGAUCCUUUGUUUGGAAUUGCUGUUGGGGUAGCUUCUUAUUAUCUGUAUGAGAAACAAGUUGGUAGACAGCCAGGUCAUUCCCUUAAUGAAUUGCUUGUGAAGAAAUACAAUAGUUGGAAUGCUAAAAAGAAUUAG